ACUGCGGCCAAGAUGGCGGAAGUGGAGCAGAAGAAGAAGCAUACUUUCUGGAAGGUCACCUAUCGGGGUGUUGACCUUGACCAGCUCCUCGACAUGUCCUACGAGCAGCUGAUGCAGCUGUACAGCGCCUGCCAGUGCCAGCAGCUCAACCGCAGCCUGCGCUGCAAGCAGCACUCCCUCCUCAAGUGGCUGUGCAAGGCCAAGAAAGAGGCCCUGCCCAUGGAGAAGCCAGAGGUGGUCAAGACCCACCUGCGAGACAUGAUUAUCCUUCCAGAAAUGGUGGGCAGCAUGGCUGGCGUGUACAAUGGGAAGACCUUCAACCAGGUGGAAAUCAAGCCUGAAAUGAUCGGCCACUAUUUGGGAGAGUUCUCCAUCACUUACAAGCCCAUUAAGCACGGCCGAACUGGAAUCGGGGCCACCCACUCCUCUCACUUCAUUCCUCUGAAGUAAGGGGAUUUGGGAAGC